AUGGAAGUACAAUCAGAGAUCACUAAAUUAUCGUCAUACCUCAAACGUAAGUGUCAAAGCGAUAGCGAUAACGAACGAGCUAGAACUAGACCCGAAGGCAAUGAUGGUGAAUCAUCAAGCGAUAACGAACGAGCUAGAUCUACACCCGAAGGCAAUGAUGAAUCGUUAGGUACUAUGUCUGAAGUUGAAUUGGUCGCAGUCUUAGGAGAUGGGUUUAACUCACCACCAAUCAGUGAUCCAAAAGCGAGAAAGGAACUCUCUGACUUUAUACAAACCCGUACUGAUAGUAAGAUGAAAUCGCAAUGA